AUGGUAUUACAGCAGCAAUAUCAUAAAAGGGAUUUUAAAACGUAUUCUGAAUUGAUCUCAUGCCUUCUAGUGGCUGAGCAACAUAAUACCCUUUUGAUGAAAAAUCAUGAAGCCCGUCCCACAAGGUCAGCUCCAAUUCCUGACGCGAAUAUGGUAGUGAAAUGUGAUAAAUCUGGAAAAAGACAGAAUAAUUAUCAUGGCCAUAUGAAUGUACGUGGGAAUGGCAAUAGUAAGAGACGAUAUAAUAAUCGUCAACGUGGUGGUCAUGGCAAACAAGAGAACAAUAUGGGUUCUCAAAAUAAUCCUUCAAGAGGCAAAAGCAGUAACUGCCACCGCUGUGACAUGAAAGGUCACUGGAAAAUUGAAUGUCGUGCACCUAAGCAUUUUGUCAGGCUUUAUCAAAACUCCAUCAAAAUAAAGGCAAAUAAUAUUGGAGCAUCUUCUACUAAUACCUCAGUGGAGUCUCACGUAACCUUUAAAAAUGAUUUUAAGGCAGUGCCUUCAAACAAAAAUGAUGAUAAUACCGAGGCAAAUCUUUCUUUGAAUGAUGAUGAUUUUGAAGGCAUCGAUGAUCUUACUCAUUUUAAUGUUGAAGACUUCUUUAGGGAUCAAAAGUAA